AUGCACAGGUACUUCUCCUUGGUCGCUUCUGCCAUCGUCCUCGUUGCCUUCCUCGGCUCGGUAGUCUCUCAUUUCAUCCGCUGAUAAGUUCCAAAAACUCAGAUCCAAGCAGUGCCGCUGCCGGUGACGUCGACAGAGUUGGCAACAAUUCAGCCGAACGAACAAACGGCCAUCGACACUCUCGGAGAUUCGAACUCUCGCGUGAAACGCCAAGGAGGCUGUGGCUGCUGCGGAUGCGGAUGUUGCUGCUGUCGACCUCGGUCAGUUCGUGGGCCCCUUCGGAACAAAACAUCCGUGCUUUCAGGUGCUGCUGUUGCUGCCGUCGAUGCUGUACUUGCUGCAGAACGUGCUGCUGUACUAGAUGCUGUACCUGCUGCCGCCCCUGCUGCUGCGGUUGCUGCGGAUGCGGUAGGGAAUAAUCAGUUUUCACUCAAGAAGGCAUCUUUUCGCAGGUUGUUGCGGUUGCGGAGGUGGUGGCCGCAAGAGACGCAGUCGGGAGAAGCUUCGCAUCGCUCAUGCUCAGAAAGAAUCCGUCGUCGCCCUUCCAGAAGGACCAGUUGAAGGAGAGGAGCCCAUCGCUCUCCCAGAAACGCCUGUUGACGAAGAAAAAUCCGUUAAUCUACCCGAAGGGCCAGUUGAAGGAGGGGAAGAAGUUCAAGAAGUCGUUCCUCAGAACUCCACCGACUAA